CUAUCGUCCACGGCAACACUCUCAGUCUCGCAUAACCGUCCCUUGCGCUGACUGUAUUCACACUCUCCGGCUCUGUUCUGGUGAAGUAUAGCUGUUUGCUGGACAUUUCAGGGACUGGUUCUUUCUUGAUCUUUUGUUUAACGGCGCCCACCAUGAGUGAUCAACGUAGUUAUGAAGGGCAUAUGGAUUGGGAGUACCACAACAACAAGGGGCCGGUCGAUGCCACCAGUCCAUUUGCUCAGGCUUCCCAGCGCGGUGCAAAACUUUCUUCUUUUGCCAGUCCCGCACCACCACAAUACCCCAGCAUGCGACCGAAUCCGUUUUCGAAGCCAGACAUUACCAUGACUGACUCUCCCUUCAAGACACAGGCGCAAAAGCCUCCCCAGUCCUCCAUCUUCAACUCUUCGUUUCAGAACCACCCAAGAGCGACACCCUUCCGCAAUACCGCCUUUACGACCCCGCAACGUCGUGUCGACGAGUUGGCUUCCGAGAUGUCAGGCGCCGAGACAAGCCCUGCCUUGACUGAUAUAUCAGAAGCUGCUAUGGACGAUACUCCGGAACCAGACAGCCGCGAUGAUUUUGGGAAGAUGACCAUCACGCCCGCACGGGCCAAGAACCUUUUCGCCGCUUCGCCAACUCGGAGCACUGCCGCGCACAUCUCAGGACGUGGGGAGCUCCCACGACCCAGGGACGCACGAGCACACGAUAGGGUCAGAAAGCGCAGGAGACAGUUUGGAGACAGGGAUGUUGGUAGCGUCCGUCCACGGCUGCAUGCAGACUCGGACCAAUCCGAUAGCGACCUGGAUGAUGAGGACAGCUCGCGUGAAGGUGGCCGGAGUGGUAACAGCCGCAGGCAACGGCGGCGCAACAGUCCUGGAUGGCUGAGCAAUUUCCUCACCACCAUACACGAUCACCCCAAUGCGCCCGUUAUCAUGUCUUGGUGGAUCCAGUUCGCAGUCAACCUGAGUUUCGCGCUCAUGGGCAUUGCAGCUUUUGCUGUCAUGGGCCACAUGAUCUUGGCUGACUUCAGGUAUGCGGCCAGUGAAGCAAGAUCUAAGCUGCUUGCCGAGAUGGAGGCGUGCACGCACGAGUACACCAAGAACAGAUGCGCGCCCAAGGUAGACAGGCUGCCGGCGCUAGGUGUGGUAUGCGACGAGUGGGAGAUUUGCAUGAACCAGGAUCCGGAGAAGAUCAAGAGCCUUGCCAUAUCUUCAAAGCAGAUGGCCAUCACUAUCAACGAAUUCUUUAACGUUCUCAGCUUCAAGGCAUGGGGCUUCAUCCUUUCUCUGAUUAUCAUAUUCUUACUUGCGAAUAAUCUCGGUCACAGCAAGUUCCGCCAGUCCAUGGCUUCCGAGGUCAAACCACAUCAACCCAGCGCCCCAGCACCAUCGCAGCCCCUGUUCCCACCAUCACAGGAUCCGAAGCAGGCCUUCAUCUGGGCGCCGGUAACGCCCAAGAACCUGCGGCGAGGAAUUUUUCUCAAAGACGACGCUUCGGAAACGGAUGAGUCGCCGCAGUCUGAUGUCAAGGCCAUCAUGCCAGUACAGACGCCAACGAGCCGGAGGAGUCCCAGCAAGGGCGAGCGCGAUCGUGAUAGGGAUCGGUUUCGCGCCUAUAGCCCGAGCAAGAGGAGCCCGACUAAGCUCUACUGAUUCAACUUUUCUUUUGUCUAGUGAAGGGUCAGGGAUUAUGGACGCACGGUCAUUUAUACACGUUUGAUGUCCUUGACGAUUCCAAGUGUAUUUUUAAAUGCUUGAUAUUUGUCCCUUUUUGUUGUACCACGAGCUCGAUGCACCCUUUUACGGCACAAAUCUGUGUCAGGUGCAAAUCACAGCUUCUGUCAGAAAAGCGCACAAACAAACAUGGCAAUAUGCA